CACAGACCAACCAUCAGCUAUAAAACACUCGUAUACUCUCCCCUGAGGGGUCAACAUCACCGGCGCCCGGCAUCACCUCCCGCCAAUCCAUAUCACAUCAUCAUCCCAUGGAACCAUUCACAGACAAGCGCGCCAAGCUCGCCGCCCUCCAGAACCAUCAACAAGAAUAUCUCACCCUGCUCGAUGAGCUCCGCCAGGACGAGGCCUGGUACAAGGCACUGCGGUGCGUUGUCGAACGCAACCUGACCGUGUCCCAACUGGUCCGCAUCUGCACAUUGCCGGUCGAACAGCUCAGCCCGGACAAACGCAUUCUCAAUCCCGCGGUGCUGUACAAAGUGGUGCCCCGUCGGUUCCUCGGACGGGCAGUGGAGCCGGAUCUCGCGGGCUGGGCGGUUUUGGAGGCGACGGGGCUUGCUAUCGCGGCUUGGGUCUGCCGUAUCAAGGGGGUGUAUGGUAUGGAUCAGGAGGUUUUGAAGGAUGGAAGGCGUUGUUGGCGGUUGUUGCUGCAUCCAGGGUAUAAGGUGAAGCAGGAGCAGUUGCCGGGCUUUUUGCGUGAGGCGGAUUGGUUUCGGAUACCAGGUGAGUUGGUGGUGAAGCUAAAGCUGAAGACUGGGUAUAACGGGGAGGUUGGGUCGAGUGGGGAGUCGGGUUCUGCCAGUGAGCAGAGCAGUGAUACCUUCUCCAUAUCAAGCGACGGGGAUGAGGACUCGGAAGCGGACUCUGACCAGAGCAGUGAAGCUUGUUCAGGGUUAGAAGUUGUCGAGAUAGACGGCGAAGUAAACGCUGACUCGAACCAGAAGAGUGAAACUUCUCCAGCCUCACGCGACGAAUACGAAUGUCGAUAUGAAUACCAUGACGAUCCUGACGCCGACCCUGACUACCAAACGAAGAAGAAAGUAGUGACGCUGUCGAUAAGCCCAAGAAGCCUGCGCAAGCGCCGAGUGGGCUGA